AUAGUAACGGGCGUCAGGAGUUUAGCGCCGGUGUGGGCUAUGGAGCUAACGGUUAAUAAUUACACGUAAGACCACUCACCUAACACAAACAGAUGAGUUUUGUAGACUGGAGAUGAAUGCUGUCACACACACAUUGAGCUGACGCACAAACACACACAGACAGAGAUGCCAGCCGCAAGAGAACAGAAGGACGAAUCCGAGUCAUCGUCUGAAGAUGAGCUGGAGAAACAUCCAUGCAUUGCCUGGAGUGGUGUCAGUAAGCGGAUUCCUGUGCUGCUCUUCUGUGCAGAAGCCAUUGUGUCCAAAGAUGUGGCCAUCCGCUCUGUUGGAGAAAAAUAUAACUUGGCCUUCAAGAUUGUGCGUACGGAGAGCCGUCUUGUGCGUGGCAUACUGGUCAAUCAUGGAUUCCACGAGGUGCACCCAAAUAGCAACGAUUUUAACCUGAUGUGGACCGGCUCGCACCUAAAGCCCUACCUUAUGCGCUCUCUACAGGAUUUCCAGAAAGUCAACCACUUUCCCAGGUCGUACGAGCUCACGCGGAAAGACCGGCUCUACAAAAACAUCCAGAGGAUGCAGCAAACCCACGGCUUUCAAAACUUCCACAUCGUACCCCAGACCUUUGUGCUUCCUGCCGAGUACCAGGAAUUCAGCAGCUCCUUCAGCAAAGACAAGGGCGCGUGGAUCAUCAAACCAGUGGCGUCCUCCAGGGGCAGAGGCAUCUAUCUCAUCAGCAAUCCGAGUCAGAUCCCCCUGGAUGAGAAUAUUCUGGUGUCACGCUACAUCAGCAAUCCUCUGCUGAUUGACAGUUUUAAGUUUGAUGUGCGUCUGUAUGUGCUGGUGACCUCUUAUGAUCCUGUCCUGAUCUAUCUCUAUGAGGAGGGUCUGGCCAGGUUUGCCACGGUGAAGUAUGACCACGCCACGGCAAACAUCAAGAACCAGUUCAUGCAUCUGACCAACUACAGCGUCAACAAAAAGAGCAGUGACUACGUCAGCUGCGAUGACCCUGAAGUAGAGGAUUAUGGGAACAAAUGGAGCAUGAGCGCAAUGCUGAGAUAUUUGAGGCAAGAAGGCAAAGACACCACAUUGCUCAUGGGCCAGAUCGAGGAUCUUAUCAUUAAAGCUGUUCUGAGCGCUGAGAUCCACAUCGCCACAGCCUGCAAGAUGUUUGUCCCUCAUCGCUGCAACUGCUUUGAACUGUACGGUUUUGACGUUCUCAUUGAUUCCAACCUCAAACCGUGGCUCUUGGAAGUGAACCUCUCUCCCUCAUUGGCAUGUGAUGCUCCUCUUGAUUUAAAGAUAAAGGCCAGCAUGAUAUCUGAUAUGUUUUCUCUUGUGGGUUUUGUGUGUCAGGAUCCAUUAUUACGACAAGCGCGUCCUGAUAGAGCCGGGUUUGAUUCAAGAAUGAAGAAUCCUACCCAGAAAUCUCAGCGUCAGAGGCCGCCGUCCGCCAACGGUGCUGACCCAGAAGCUCAAAGAGAGAAAGCCGGCGCUAAGCAAGCGGAGAGUACUCUGGGUCUGACGGCAGAAGAGAUGAAAGUGCUGAGGAGGGUACAGGAGGAGUAUGACAGGAGGGGUGGAUUUGUUCGGAUCUUUCCUACUCCGGACACCUGGGAACUUUACAGUGGUUAUCUGGAAUACAAGACAUCUAUGAACGCCAUGUUGGCUAAUAAACUUUUCCAUGGAAGAUCUGUGAUCUCCCGUUCGAGGAACAGAGUGAAUGAUAGUGUAACUGUGGUUGUGGGGACCUUCUACACACACCAUGUAGUCCAGUAUGAAAGGAAGCUUCUUAGUCUGGAGGUGCGCAAACAAAGACGCAAACCUGGACGAGCCUCCGCCGGAAGAAAACGAGCAGGUCUCAAAGCGUCUCAGUCCCCUCACAUGAGUGAGAUUGAGGACGGGGUGGAGGAAGAGACGAAGCUGAAAUCGUCUCACCUCCACACAAACACCACACUGGAACAACACUCAAAACCCAGAGUCAACCUGCUCCACAUUCUCCAGCAAGGAUGGGACCUCAGUAAGGUUCAAGCACGCAUGGCCUUCUCCUCUUACCUUCACCGUGUGCAGCUGCGUCUGCUGGCCGAGAGCAGAGCCAACAGGAGCCCAGCCUGGACACAGAAGGAACACGAUCAGAUGGAGCUGGUUGUUCGCUUUCUAAAGAGAGCCAGCAGUAACCUGCGUCAGGACGUGUGUCUGGAGGAUCCCAGCCCUCAGCUGAGUCUGCCGGACCGCCAGCGCAUCCUCUCCAAUCAGCUUGGCAACUUCAUACAGCUCUAUAACGAGGAAACCAAGCAAAUGGUGGAGAGUUUGGACAAGAUUCCAGAUGAGGAUCGCUGCAUUAACUCCAAUGUUUUCCAGGAGUUUAUUCUGGAGGCCAGUGAAAGUGACUUGGAGGAAGUCCUCACAUUCUACACACAGAAGAAUAAGUCUGCCAGCGUGUUUCUGGGCACGAAGUGUGGCGGCAGCAGAGUCGAGAGGAACAGCGAGGAGAACACAGAGACAGCUGCAUGUAUCAACAUGGACAACUCUAAUGGUUUAGACAACACAAAUGCAGUCAGCAAGACCCAAAACACAGACAGCGCUGCAGCUCAAACAGGAGACCAGGGCCAAAGUAAUUUAACCCGAAGCACAGAAAACUGUAGUGAACCUAAACGUAGUAACAAAAUCAAAUGCAACUCGUUGCAAAAUGGACACUUUCAAAGCAAAAGCCAAAAUGGAGACUGCACCAAUAUUGAAGUGCCACCCAAUGCUUCGACUGCCGUGGACACUGAAUCAAGAGCGUCACAAGAUGGGACAAGCAGGACUCAGACUGCUGCUGUCAGAAGCAAGAAAACUCUGUUAAAAACGGGCGGCGAUCAGCCGUACGCUGCAGCUCUAGAGUGUGAACAGAUUGUCUUACAGCACUGCCUUCCGCCGCCUUACAUCCAGCCGCCGCCACAUCCAUUGGCCAACAGCUCGUCCAGCGUCACGCCGCCGUCUGUGUGUGUCACGUGGGCCUCUGCACGCAACCAAUCUAUUAAACCAACAGCUGCCCAACAGAUCAAUCCAACCUCUGUGAACACUUUCGUCCCUAGAGCCACACACAUCUCCAUCCAGAGAUCAUCACGGCCGUCCUCCGCAGGAUACGUCAGUCAGAAGCCCAGUCUAAGUACAUGUAAGUCCAGACCUGGUUCUGCUGGUUUGCUGAAAGAGACGGACUCGCUGUCGGCUCAGGCUCAGUCCAAUCAGCAGGCCAUCGUAGCUGCUCUGCGCAAACUAGUGGAGAAACAGGCGGCUCGCCAGUACAGCACAUCCAGUCACAUCAGCCUCCUCACACAGCACCUGACGAAUCUGAAUCUGGCCAAUGGUUUCUUCAGCAAAGGGGGUCUCACGCUGAGUCCUGGUGUCAGGCACGGGCCUGUGAGAGCGGUGCACAGGGACACGACCGCUGGGAACUCUGGUCUCAGGGCUGCGUGUGAAGCCGAGUCCGUGUGUAACGUCGAUCCGCCGGGCGCUCAGAAGCAGGGAAACUACCAGCUCCAGUUCGCCAUCCAGCAGCUGCAGCAGCAGAAGCUGCGCUCCAGACAGCUGCUCAACCAGAGCCGCACACGUCAGCAGGCCAUUCUGUCAGCACACACCCUCACACCUGCGGCUUCAGCGCGACCUCACGCUCCCAGCAGCCCUAUGAACCAGCCUUUGAGACGCACCCUCCACCAGACGGGCAGCGCCGGACUCCUCACGCUCACCCCCAAACCCCCCAGCAGCGCACCGAGAGACGGACGUGUGCGCAAGACCGUAGCACACUCUCUCCACAAGAAAGCAUUAUCUGAGCCUCCAGCCGGUCAGGGCGGCACCAGUGGACAGCAUGUGGUGUAUGAUACUGUGUGUGCAAAGACAGGUCUGUCAGUGUACAGUAAACUCUUUAACACUCAGGGCUCCUGGAACAGAUGAAUGAAGCCAAAGGUCAGCCGCACCAAUCAGCUGCUCUCUAGGAUCACUUUACAUACAGAGAUCAAGAGAUCUACGUCCUCCUCUACACCUGCGCAAAACACGGACAUUAAGAGUUCACCUCUUCACUCUCAAUAUGCUGUCUUCUGAUAAUCAGUAUCAGCCUUAUGUGUGUCUUUUCUGAGUGUGUGAUUGUACAUGAAAUACUUUGCUUUGAUUGGAUCUGUUCCACAGUCUGAAGGCGCCCUGACUGUCGCUGCCGCUUAUGUGCAGUUGUCCAGGCUUCAUUUUCACCCCACAUCUGAUGCCAUGUGAAGGGCGCACGGACUGACGGCUCGCAACAGCUGCGACACGAGCACACGGAGCGAAACGCAGCAACAGCAGGCCAUCGAGCUCACGAGAGCGCCCAUCACGUUUAUCCAUGUUUACAUGUACAGAUAGAAGAGUUAAAAUUCUUAGUAAAGAGCUUUCGGCACCGCUUGCUAAUGAUCGCUAACAACUUCUGUUCAAGUGCCUCGUUCAGGUGUGAGGAACCGCAGGAGCAGCUCUGAUCUGCGGUGUAGAAGCGUCAACAUCCAGGUAAAAGUGACGCCUCUGUGAGUUUGUAAACACUUGACCAUUUUUGACCAAUGUCCUGAUAAAACUUGAUGCACCAUGGUCAACACUGCUGUGCUAAAGGGAUGACAUUGUGUUUGAUUUUAGUUUGAUGCUUCACUUUAAAAGAGAAGUCCACUUCCAGAACAACAAUUUACAGAUAAU